ACAGCCCGGCUUUUGGACGGUGAAGAAGAGUAUUCAAUCAUUCUUUUCUUCUAUCUCUAUCAUAUUCUUUCAUUGAGUGCUUCUAAAUAUUUGCAUGCUCUCUAGCCAUCCAUAUUCAUUUACUCUUUAAGAAUGCCCUCAUUUUUGUACCCUUUAUUUGAGAAUACUUUUACCGUACGACCGCAAGAUGGAAGCCACUUGGUCCAAUCUUAUGAUUGUAGCUGGCAAUUCCACAAAGAGCUAUAUCAGCUCAUUGGUAAGCUUAGGAAAGGUAGAGCUCAUCGUCGAGUAUUCAGAUUGAUUGAGGAGAUAAGUGGUGCUGUUGAGGACGGCGACCACCACCGGACGUAUAACAAACCUCGACAUCCUUAACUCAACAGCAAGACUCAUCUGAGUUCUACGACAACUAUAUACUUUACUACAGUGUUCAAAGAGGACAGCGUGCCCAGACCGCAUCAUCCAUC